AUGGCUUCCAAUAUUUCUCUCCUUUUGUUGUUCUCCUUUCUUACAACAUUCCUUCAUUUUAUUAUUUUCACAUUUGCUCAAUCUGAUAAUUACAUCAUUCACAUGGAUUUAUCAGCUAUGCCUAAAACAUUCUCAAAUCAACAUAGUUGGUAUCAUUCCAUUCUUUCUCAAGUUACUACUACCAACAAUUAUCUCAAUUCUUCUUCUUCUAAAAUCAUUUAUACAUACACUAAUGUUAUGAAUGGUUUUAGUGCUAAUCUUUCACCUCAAGAUCAUGAAUCUCUCCAAAACUCACCUGGUUACAUUUUUUCAAUGCCUGAUAUACCCUUGAAACUUCACACAACACACUCACCUCAAUUCCUUGGCCUUAAUCCUUACAAAGGAGCAUGGCCAGCUUCUGAGUUUGGUAAAGAUGUCAUUGUUGGUGUAAUUGACACUGGUGUUUGGCCAGAAAGUGAAAGUUUCAAAGAUGAUGGAAUGACUGAAAUACCCUCUAAAUGGAAAGGGAAAUUAUGUCAAUUUAAUAAUUCCGACCAUUCAUCUUUGUGCAACAAGAAACUCAUUGGAGCUAGAUUCUUCAACAAAGGGUUCUUAGCAAAAUAUUCCAACCUUAGUACAACCAACUUGAAUGACGCACGCGACACAACAGGUCAUGGGACCCAUACUUCAACAACGGCAGCCGGAAGAAAAGUUGAUGGUGCAUCUUUCUUUGGUUAUGCGAAUGGAACCGCAACAGGAAUAGCUUCAAUGUCUAGAGUAGCCAUGUACAAAACUAUAGGGGGAGAUGGAUUAGCGACACCAUCUGAUAUAAUGGCAGCAAUUGAUGCUGCUAUGUCCGACGGUGUCGAUGUUCUUUCAAUAUCAAUGGGCGCCCAAGAAGUGCCUUUUUACGAAGAUACUCUUGCAAUAGCUACAUUUGCAGCCAUUGAAAAAGGUAUUUUUGUUUCUGUAUCCGCAGGUAAUGAAGGACCUUUAUUUCACACUCUUUCGAAUAGUGUACCUUGGGUGACAACGGUUGCUGCCGGUACGUUGGAUCGUGAAUUUCGUGGAAUUCUCACACUUGGUAACGGAGUCUCGCUCACUGGUUUGUCUUUGUAUCUGGGAAAUUUUACUGCUACCAAUUCUCCCAUUGUUUUGAUGGGUUCGUGUGACAAUAUUACAGAAUUAAACAAAGUAAAGAGCAAUAUUGUAGUUUGUGAAGAGAAGAAUGGAACUCUCCUUUCUAUUCAAAUUAAUAAUAUGAUUGCAGCAGACGUUGUUGCAGGUGUUUUCAUAUCAAAUAUUCCAGACAUAAAUGAUUUUAACAAUAGAAUUCCAUCUAUUAUUAUUACUCCAAUAAAUGGAAAAAUCGUACAAUCUUACAUAAAGAGCCAUAACUCGAAAAACUCUAGUUCUACAGCAAGCGUCUCUUUCAAGACAACAGGUCUUGGUGUUAAACCAUCGCCUAUGGUUGAUUCUUAUAGCUCAAGAGGGCCGUCGAAGAGUUGUCCAUAUGUGUUGAAACCUGACAUCACUGCUCCCGGUAGCCAAAUCUUAGCGUCAUGGCCUACUAAUCUCCCUGUGACUAAUUUCGAGGAUCAUGAUCUCUUCAACAAGUUUAAUAUUUUAAGUGGAACAUCUAUGGCAUGUCCUCAUGUUGCUGGUGUAGGAGCACUUUUAAAAGGAGCACAUAAUAAUUGGAGUCCCGCGGCUAUUCGGUCUGCAAUUAUGACAACCUCAUACAUUUUGGAUAAUACUAAAGAACACAUCAAAGACAUAGGAAAUAACAAAGUUUCAACUCCAUUAGCGUUGGGGGCCGGUCAUGUUGAUCCUAAUAGAGCAAUUGAUCCUGGUCUUGUUUAUGAUGUUGGUGUACAAGAUUAUGUUAAUCUUCUUUGUGCACUUAACUACACGCAACAAAACAUCGCCGUCAUUACAAGAUCCACUUCUAAUAAUUGUUCUAAACCUUCGUUGGAUCUCAAUUAUCCUUCUUUUAUUGCUUUUAGCAAUAGUAAAAAUUCUUCUUCAAGGAUAAUACAACAGUUUUACAGAACAGUUACCAAUGUUGGUGAAGGACAAACAACUUAUGUUGCUAAAAUUACACCAAUUAAAGGGUUCAACACAAGUGUUAUCCCAAAUAAGUUGGUAUUCAAUAAAAAGAAUGAGAAGAUAAGCUUCAAAUUGAAGAUUGAAGGCUCAAUAAUUUCACAAAAUGAUGAAGUAGUUUUUGGGUACCUCACUUGGGAGGAUGGGAAGCAUGUGGUGAGAAGCCCUAUAGUGGUAACUACACGCAAUUUCAGUUUGUAG